ACGGUCAGUGCAGAGAGAUCCUUGACUUGUCUCUUCCCUGUUUGUGGAUUAUCGGAAUCGGUGGUUGCCGUCAGCCCGGCGGUUACAGCACCCAAGACUGAGUCUUCUCGGAUUACUCACGCUUGCUCUUUACUGAUUUUGCUGCUCGUGAAGUACUUGCCGAUAAACCUGAAAUUCAGACCUUCCCACUGCUGGUCUACAAAUUAAGGUCUUUCCAAGGAUGCACCCGAAAUAAGGACUAUGGAAGUAUGGAAAGGAACCAACAUCACAGGUAGUGUUUGAAAUGUGGCUAAGGAAGAAAAAUAGAGACUGAAAUAACAAUGGACUUCCCCCACCGCCGGACAUGGGCCGACGGCCGGCGGAAGGCAGCCCUCCAGAGAAGAACUAGCAGCCGGUGGUGGUGGUGCGUUCUGUGGUCCGUCCUCUGUCUUGCCUGGUCUGGAGCAGUAGCUGACGGUGUGGUGGUGGCAUCAUAUUCCACCCCUAACGACACAAUCCAACACAUGGCCAUAGACCCUAUGUCGGGCCGAAUCUAUGUGGGAGCCACAAACUGGCUCUUCCAAUUUGAUGCAGGACUUCGUUUGGAGCGCACCGUACAGACUGGACCUGUGGAGGACAAUAUUCAGUGCUUUCCAGGUGCAUGUUCCGAGCAGGAUCUCGCACCUUCGGAUAAUGUCAAUAAACUUCUAGUCGUGGAUGAGGGGUCACGUAGGCUCCUUGUCUGCGGGAGUGUGUACCAGGGCGCGUGCCGACGCCGCGAGCUGGACGAUAUAACGCGGGCCGAGGAUCUUGUUCCCCUGCCUGUCGCCGCCAACGACGAGACAAGCUCGACGAUCGCAUUCGUGGGGCCAGCGCGUUAUAUGGGUUACCCAUCGCGCGUUCUUUAUGUGGCCACCACGAACAGCAGGCUUGGUCCUUAUCGAGAUAUGGUGCCGGCAAUCUGCAGUCGCAGUCUGGAAGACGGUCGUCGACUUUUCGCAGUCAUCGAGAAGUCUUUCUCGGCCAUCUCGCGAGUGGACAUCAGCUCGCAGCUGCGGGACUACUACCUGGUGGACUACAUAUACGGUUUUCAUUCGGGCGACUACGUGUACUUCGCGACACUUCAGAGACGCUCCCAUCUCCGCUCCCUUGAAGAAUGGGGUUACAUAUCGCGAUUGGCGCGUGUCUGUGUGUCAGAUGCAGGUUAUAAUUCUUACGUGGAGACGACACUGCAGUGCCUGGGUCCUGAUGGCCGCGAUUAUAACUUGCUGCAAGAUGCGCAUCUUGUGCGUGCAGAGCCGGCUGACUUACUAGUCGGAGUAUUCGCAGCCAGCCGGGAUCACACGGCUCGCAGCUCUGGACGGUCAGCUGUCUGCGUGUUCUCCCUAGCCGACGUGGAACAACGGUUCACCGAGAACAUCCAUCUCUGCUAUAACGGCAGUGUUCCGUCCCGAGACAUGGACUACAUUGCAGGAAGUAUCCAGGCCUGCCCUGAACCUGGGGUACGUGAAGCCAUUCUUUCCGCCUUGAUUUCCUCACAGAAGGGCGGUAACAUUUUCAACUUCUGCGGAGAAUCCCUGAAAUUGAAUGGUUCUCUACCCAUCACCUCUUUUCCUGUCAUCACGUACGAGAACGUGACGUUAUCCUCCGUGGUGGCCACCACCACCUCACGCCACACCGUUGCCUUUAUCGGAACGAGAAGUGGUUUUCUGAAGAAGGUCUUAAUAGCUGAUGAAGCAGAAGAAUUCGAAGAAGUUGCUGUGGAUGAAGGGAAUCCUAUUUUACCCGACAUGCACUUGGAUCCUUCAGAAAAUCACGUAUAUGCAGCGUCUCCCUACAAAAUCAGCAAGGUACGAGUGGAGCAGUGUAGUCGGUAUGAUGCCUGUGACCAGUGCUUGCGGGCCAGAAAUCCUUAUUGCGGGUGGUGUUCCCUCGAAAAAAGAUGUACAGUGAAGGCAGCUUGUCAGAAUGCAACAUUGACAACUGAUUCAAGCAGUCCUCGCUGGUUAUCAUUGAACACGCAGCAAUGCAUAGACUUCCAAGCUAUCCGACCGGAGCAUUUGCCUCGGAACAGCCUCUCUGUAGUGGAGUUGGUGAUCAAUCAGUUGCCACAGCUGCCCUAUGGUGCUCACUAUAUGUGCGUCUUCGGCCGCAGCACUCCCGUCCAAGCAAAGGUCACUGACCAAGGACUUGCUUGCCUUGCCCCCGUCCUCGCCGAAAGACCACCGAUACCAACCGGUAAAGAUCACGUUUCGGUGGACUUAGCGGUGAGGUCUAGCGAAACGAAUAAAGAUUUCCUGAACAGGCUAUUUGCUUUCUACGAUUGCUCCGUUCAUAAGAAAUGUACUGCCUGCGUGACAAGUGCUUGGGCAUGCAGUUGGUGUCCGCAUGAGAACAAAUGCACGCACAAUGUUACCACGUGUUCCCGGACUGUCAUCUCUGGAGAGAAUAACCCUCAGAAUUCUCUGAUCAAAGGAAGACAGCAUUGUCCGAGCUUCAAACUGGAGGAAGAAAUCUUACUUCCAAGUGGCAUACCUAAAGAAAUUACUAUCGAGGUUCGAAAUUUACCAAGUGUUGUUGAAAAUUUCCAGUGUGUAAUAGAAAUCGAAGCUGCUAAAGAGCGUGUACUUGCUAUAGCAAAGAAUAACAAGAUCAUCUGUUCUGAGACAGCGUAUACGUACCAAGCUGAAGUGGGGAAAGUAACAGCGACGUUAACUGUGUUGUGGAAUGACGAUACUUACAUCGAUCACACGAACGUAACUCUCUACAAGUGCCCACUUCUAGGAAGCCAUAACGGGCGAGCUGAUUGCUCACUUUGUCUCACUCGGGACCGGAAGUACCAAUGUGCCUGGUGCGACGGAUCUUGCAAAUUCGGUGAUGCCUGUCUUGAUCCUGUAGCUACUACCUGCCCUCCUCCAAGAAUCGAUUAUAUUCAUCCUCUGAGUGGACCCAUAGAAGGCGGCACUUUGGUUACAAUUGAAGGCAGCAAUCUUGGCACUAGUGAAGAUGAAAUCCGGGACAACAUCACCAUCGGUGGAAUACCCUGCACACUCGAAGGCUACUCUGUCUCUGUCAAAGCGGUUUGUCGCACAGGAUCCAGUGCUGGACCCAUGGCAGCUGAAGUAUUAGUGGGUAAUAAAGCAGGGCUAACACAGGCCAGGGAAAGAUUCUUCUACAAGGUGGUGGAGCUAUCUCGGGUACAUCCAAACAAGGGACCUCAGUCCGGAGGCACAAGAUUGUAUCUCAUUGGCACGAACUUGAAUGUGGGUAGCAAUCUACGAGUCAUGCUGGACGAAUUGCCUUGCGAGGUUGACAGAACACUAGCAAGUAACAGCCAAAUCAGCUGCCUAACUACAAGGAGUCGUCUUCCGUCCUACAACGUUAGUAUGCUGAGACUGUUCGUCGACCACGCCCUCUUGACUCUUCCAAAUCCAUUUGCCUACCGAGAUGAUCCAGUAGUGAAGAAAAUCACGCCUCUCAAAAGUUUUGUCAGCGGUGGAAGAGCGGUGACGGUGAGCGGUGUCAACUUCCUGCCCGUUCAGCAGCCCCGAAUGGUUGUGUCCAACAAUGGCAGUCUAGUCAACGAAACGGUAUGUGAAGUUCGGUCCGAUCACCUCAUGGUUUGCCCUUCACCAUCUGUGUCUGGUUCAACUUCCAAGUGGCAGCUGAUGACUGAUUAUAUGGCAGAAGAGAGUGCCGACCACUUACUGCGUCUUCGCAUAGGAUUUAUCAUGGAUGGAGUUGAGAGUGUCCGGUCUCUUCAAGAUUCAUUUCCCAGCCUUCAUUCCGACCUCACUUACGUAACAGAUCCUAAGUUUUUGUCCUUCGAUGGUGUGAAAUUGUAUAAAGGAGAAUCUUUGGUCAUUGAGGGUGAAAAUUUACGUUUAGCCAGUACUGAGUCCGAGGUAAAUGUAACCAUUGGUACGAAACCUUGCAACUUGACCUCUCUAGCUUCUACCCAACUGGUGUGUCUUCCUCCUGAAGUUCAACCAUCGGGCACAGAUGAAUAUGGUCGUCGUACUGAAGAAGGGCUUCCUAUGGUGGUGGUUCGAGUGGGUCGAAAUCUUCGCUUUGAAGUUGGCUAUAUAAGAUACGAGGUAGCAAAGCGAUACGAACUUCCCCCCGAGGCUGUGGGUGGCAUAGCCGCGGGGGGUGCCGUUCUUGUGCUUCUCAGCCUCAUCAUCCUAGCCGUGCUUCGUCAUAAAAACUCGCAAGCAGAAAGAGAAUACAAGCGCAUUCAACUGCAGAUGGACACUCUUGAGAACAGUGUACGGUCCGAAUGCAAGCAAGCUUUCGCAGAAUUGCAGACAGAUAUGACCGAUUUAACCAACGAUUUAGAAACAUGCGGUAUACCCACGUUGGACCACAGAACAUACGUAAUGAAGGUUUUCUUUCCUGGUGUUUAUGACCAUCCGUUAUUACAAGAUUCAAAAUUGCGAGCAAAUGGGAUGUACAGCACAUGUGAAAUGGCUAUGGGUCAAUUCGAACAGUUACUUAAUAAUAAAGGCUUCUUGUUGACAUUCAUCAAAACGCUGGAAGUACAGAAAUCUUUCAGUUUCAGAGACAGGGUUAAUGUGGCUUCUCUUUUAAUGGUUAUACUGAUGGAAAAAAUGGAAUACGCCACCGAGGUUCUGCGGGCCUUGCUGUUGCAGUUGAUAGAAAAAUCGGUGAACACCAAGCACCCUCAACUCAUGUUACGAAGGACCGAGUCCGUUGUGGAGAAGAUGCUGACAAAUUGGAUGGCCCUGAGCAUGUACGACUACCUCAAGAAUGAAGCUGGCAGCUCUCUGUUUCUGUUGUUUAGUGCCAUCAAGCAUCAAGUUGAGAAGGGUCCUGUGGAUGCCAUCACUCACGACGCCCGUUAUUCGUUAUCCGAAGAACGGCUUCUCAGGGAACAGAUCGACUAUUCUAUUGUUACUGUACAAGUAGUUCAUGAAGAUCAAGAUGAGAAGAUCGUAUGUCGGGUGAAUGACUGCGAUGCCACUAGUCAAGUGAAAGCGAAACUUCUGGACGCUGUAUAUAAAAACACGCCGUUCUCCCUCAGGCCAUCUUUGCAUGACGUGGAUCUUGAAUGGCGCCAUGGCCGUGGAGGACAUCUUACGCUGGCAGAUGAAGAUUUAACAACAAAAACAAUCAAUGGCUGGAGGAGGCUGAAUACCCUUAAGCAUUAUGGUGUUAAAGACUCAGCUGUUAUGAGUCUUGUUACUAAGCAAAAUGACAGCUUUAGCUCGAAUUGCACUGGCAACGCAUCUUUGAAUUCUGUGUCUCCAAUCGUUGGUCACUAUGACGUCGAGCAAGGAUUGAGGUACUGGCACUUGGUGAAACUGCAGGAUGAUCAAGCACCAUUGAAGGACUACAACCAUAAAUCUAUUCCUGAAAUAUUCCUUACCAGGCUUCUGUCCACGAAGGGCACUGUCCAAAAAUUUGUGGACGAUUUCUUGACGACUAUCCUGACUGCCAAUGAAUGCCUUCCACCUGCCGUCAAGUGGUUAUUUGAUCUUCUAGACGAGGCUGCAGCAACGCAUGCCAUUCUUGAUCCUGAGGUAGCACAUGCGUGGAAGAGCAACAGCCUACCAUUACGUUUCUGGGUGAAUUUCAUCAAAAACCCAGAUUUUGUUCUGGAUAUCCAGAAGACCCCGGUGGUAGAUUCUUGCCUCUCAGUUAUAGCCCAGACAUUGAUGGAUGCUUGUUCUACCUCGGAGCACAGGCUCGGCAAGGAUUCUCCCUCCAACAAGCUACUGUUUGCUAAGGAUAUUCCAACGUACCGCAAGAUGGUGAAUCGGUUCUACCAAGAUGUGGCAGCCAUGCCACCCGUUACAGACCAGGAGAUGUGCGUUGCUAUGCAGGCGCUAUCUCUGUCUCAUCUUGGGGAAUUCGACAUCGUGAGUGCCUUGCGUGAACUAUAUGUGUAUGCUGCCAAGUAUAAUGAACAGGUCCUGGAAGCUUUGGAAAUGGAUCCUUAUUGUCAAAAAUUGCACUUAGCAGACAAACUGGAGACGGUGGCUUGCACUUUGGAAGGAGAAGAGACAUCCGUUUGUUAGACAAAAAAUUCAAACGCUGCUGGUCAGCGAGAAUCUACCCCUCCUCCACUAGACUGUGGAAGUGCCAUUCCCCAUCCCAAAUGUAUGGCCUCGUCUCCUGUGCCCUGGAACAGGCUUUUUCCUAACAGACGAGGGACUGGAUCCUCAGGGAACCUGUUGGCAAAACGGGACGUCAUGAAAAAUGCACCGCUUUUUCCUCAGCAGGAUAGAAACUGAAGUUUCUUCGAGGAUCUAUGUUAUGUAAAUAAAACAAAUUUAGUCAUCGUUGUAAAUAUGCGACUGCUGUAGUGUUUCAAAUCAUGAGUCGAUUGCUGUUCGCCGAGUGAGUCGCUUAUAGCAAGUGAACUUCAAGAAAGAAGAAAUGUUUGAUAAUUUAUCCUACGUGAGACAGUUUCCUUUUUUAAUGUUUGCACAUAGGUAUAUUUUUUGGAUGACUUAAAAAAAGUAAACAAACAAGAAAAGAACAUUCAUCCACAAGCAUUUUUCGAUGCAGAGCUUCAGAAUCCGAUGUAUUUGUGAGUCGAAUGCGCGAGAUUCUCCAUUAAUUCCUCGAGAUAUGUGUUUCCGCCUGAUUUCGGACCGCGAUAUCAUGGACUUGGAAAAGAGAUUAAGACGCGUCAUGAUCUGGGCGCUCGAGACAGAGCUUGAAGAUGCUGAGGCGGCGCCGUCUUCGGACUUCGUCGUCCAACCUGUUUGUUGAGGAUUUAAAUAUAUAUAAAUACAUAUAGUAUAAUUAUAUACCAGCGAGUGUUUUUUGUGGGCCAGCGGGUUCGGACUGAAUCACUGACAUAGAUCUGUACGAUUUUUGUUAGAUGUGUGACUGUUGCAAACAUGUGUUCUUUGUGUUUUCCAUACCCAGUUAUUUGUCUUUGUAUAUUUAAAUGAAUUAUCUAUUUGUAUCUCUAUGUUUACAAUGUGUAUGAAAUGUAUGAAGUGAGCCUAUUCUGGUAUAUUCGUUAAUAUUUGUAUAUUUAUGUUCCUACAAGCAAAUUGUAAUUCAGUUACUUUGUUGAAAGGAGAUAUAUUUUAUGAGAGAUUAUGUUUACAAAUGAACUGCGAGGGAAGAAUCUCGUCUUUACAAAUGAAUCUCUUAUAGAUUAAGUUUACAAAUGAACUGCAAAGGAAGAAUCUCGUCUUUAUAAAUGAAUCUCUUAUAGAUUAAAGUUUACAAAUGAACUGCAAGGGAAGAAUCUUGUAUUUACACAUGAAUCUCUUAUACAUUAAGUUUACACAUGAACUGUGAGGAGAGAAUUCUCUUGUUGCUUCCAACAUUUAAAAAAAGAAAUCAUAAGAACUUUGGGAAAGCUAUCCCACGUGUACUUGGUGUCAAACCAACGUUGUCGGGUUUCGUUUCGUAUGCGAAGUAUUGUUCCCCGAUAUAUUCCACAAGAUGGAUCACUUUCUUAAAAUGAAUUUUGACGUAGGGUAUUAAUUUAAAAAUAAUUUGUAAUUAUUUUUAUACAUUGGAAUCGUAAGGGAAAAUAACUUGUAUAAAUUUUCAGACUUGAAAACUUACGCAUAACUUACGCCCAAAGCUAUGGAAAAGUCUGAUUCUUAAAUUCGUUCUCCGAAAGAAAUUAUCGAUAAUUCCCGUGGAUUUGCUUUUAUAAUCGAUGAUUCAUAAUCUAUUUAUUUAAACGGUUUUAAGCUGUUUUAUAAAUCAAAUUGCAUUGUAGAAGGCCAAGAAGUGCUAUUAAAAAUGUGAAUGUUUAUUGCGUGCGCGAACUUGUAAGUAAAAUGAUCCUGGUGACAAUUAAUUGUGCCAUUUCAUCUGAAAUUCGCACAACGAAACCCGACAAUGUUUAUCAACAAUCAGUGCUAUAAAUGUCAUUUUACUACCUAUUAAGAUACGAAUUAUAAUUCAGCAGAAAAACGCUUCAUUCUUCUGAAUCGAUAUCUUGCCCAAGUGAUGCUAAUUCUUUAAGAAAGAAGAUCUUUCCAGUAUGAUCUGCAUGGGUAAAGAUUAUCAAUCGAGUCAAAAAGAGACCAAGGGUAGAUGACAUGCAUGUCCGAACCCGCCCCCAGUACCCGGACGACGACCGUUCGCACUCGUCAGCGGAAUGGAAGCGUCCGUCUCCUCCAGUUGUGUAUCUUCUCCGUCGUCUCCCCUCCGGUCGCAAUGGGGGGAAUCCAAAAACCUCCCGCGUGCCAUCCGCCCCUGUGUCAUACACGCUGCCUGUGAUACUUUCUCGUCAUAACAGUGGCUAGUUAAAACCAAUAGUCGUGAGCUUCGUCUCCAGUGCCAGUCGCGCUUCGAAAAAUAUGGAUUCUCUUAGGCUGUGAUAUCUUCUUCCCCGGAAACAGAGGACGACUGUCACUGUUACUCCUCCGCCACGUCGCCCGAGGGAUGCGCGAAGUAUUUUUUAUACCAGAGACGAAACUUGUAGCCAUUGUACCGAACGAAUAAACAAUAUUACACUUUCUUA